CCCUACCCCUUUCUCCCUCUAUUUAGUUUAAUCUUUGUCUUUCACCUCAGAAUACCUCCUUUCUAGUUUCUUGAAUUGGGUUACCUCAACCAAAUUCCAAAUAUGCCACCGGUUCACUCUAGUCCAUAUUUCCAAAUGGACAAUCCGGCAAUACUAUCUUUGCUCCGGCCUACUCCUGGAGAGAAACACCGGAAGUCCAGUAGUGGCGGCCUCUUGCGUAUGUUCAAGCUCUUCCCCAUGCUAACCUCGGGGUGCAAGAUGGUUGCACUAUUGGGUAGACCCCGGAAGCCUAUGCUGAAGGAUAGUGCUACAACAGGUACAAUUUUUGGCUAUCGUAAAGGCAGAGUUUGCUUAGCAAUACAAGAUGAUCCCCAUUGCGUGCCGAUGUUUGUCAUAGAGCUACCAAUGCUCACCAGCGCACUUCAAAAGGAAAUGGCGUCUGAUAUAGUCAGAAUAGCGCUAGAGAGUGAAACUAAGACUCACAAGAAGAAAGUGUUGGAGGAGUUUGUCUGGGCGGUGUAUUGUAAUGGAAGAAAGAUGGGUUACUCUAUCAGAAGGAAGCAAUUGUCUGAAGAUGAGCUUCAUGUUAUGCAGCUUUUGCGAGGUGUGUCAAUGGGUGCGGGCGUCCUUCCAAGCCCAAACGAGAAGGAAACGGCCGCAGAUGGGGAAUUAACGUACAUGAGAGCAAGAUUUGAGAGGGUGGUUGGAUCAAAGGACUCCGAAGCUCUAUACAUGAUUAACCCAGAUGGUGCACCUGGCCCUGAACUAAGUAUUUUCUUUGUAAGAGCUCAUUAGAAUUAAUCUGUGUUAUUCCAGGUUUAUAUUGUACACUUGAAAUUUUACAUCAGUACCAUAAAAACUAUUUCCUCUUGUUCAAUGA